UCUCUUUCACUCAAAAUUGUUCGAUCUCAGCACUGAUUGAUUUAUUAAUAUAAUUUUUUUUCCUUUCCAUGGAUAUUCCAGUCCACUGGACUUGGGCUCGCCAGCCCGAAACGUUUUGGCAUAUAAUUUUUUUUAAUUUUUUUUUUUUUUUUGUGUUUUCUGCUAACUUUUAAAGAGCUGCUUAGUAUUUUCCAUGUGUGGGCUCUGUUAGUAGUGCUUCAAGUAAUUGUUGAAUAUCAUUAGUUACUAGAGAUUAGAGAAUCACAUCUCAGGUGAGGCAGGAUGGUUGAUAACCUUGAAGAAGACAAAGUGGCAGUGACUCCUGAUAUGGAAAAUGAUCGAGUUGAUACUGAUGCUCUACCUAGCAAUGAUCUUGCAGAGUCUGAAACACUGCCAGACAGUAGUGUGGAAAAGUCCGAGUCUGAGCCUAACAAAGAUCUGUCCAAUUGGGAAAGACAGCAGAACAAGGAACUUGCGGCUUCUGAAACACUGGCUACUAAUGGUGAAGCAGUAACAUUAACCAACCAACAUUUGGUCACCUCUGAAGAACCUGCAAUUGACAAUCCAGAGAUUUGUGAAUCACUAACCAGCAACCAGCCAGGCAAUGCUGAGGCCUCGCAGAUAAGUCAGAUAGUUAAUUCUGAGGCACCACACACCAAUCAGUCAGCCAACUCUGAAGCUUUAUCUGACAGUCAGUUUGUUAGAUCUGAAGCACCUCUUGAUAAGAAUAUUGAGUUAUUGCCUAGCCAUGCCAUGUGUAAUUCUGAAACACAGACUAGUAAUGGUGUGGUUGUACCUGAAACACAGCACGGUGAUGAGGUGGUUAUGUCUGAUACUGUGCAAGGCAAUGAGGGUAUCAUGUCUGAAACUCAGCAAAGCAAUGUGGUGAUGUCAGAACCUCAGCCUGAAAAUGAGUUGGCCAAUCCUAUAACAGACUCUAACAAUCGUCUCUCCCAUUCUGAAAUUGGUCCUGAUAAUCAGUUCACAGAUGAUGUCCAUAUGAUUCCUGAAGAUCAGCUGCCUCAACCUGAAUCACUGUCUCAUUCAGAACCGCUAACCAAUUCUGUACCACUGUCAGAUACUCAGACGUGCAAUGAUGUGGUCAUGUCAGAACCUCUGCCUGAAAAUGAGUUGGCCAAUUCCAUAACAGAUCCCAACAAUCAGCUCUCCCAUUCUGAAACUGGUCCUGAUAAUCACUUCACAAAUCUCCAUAUGAUUCCUGAAGAUCAGCUGCCACAACCUGAAUCACUGCCUCAUUCAGAACCACUGCCCGAUUCUGAACCACAGGCAGAUACUCAUCUCACAGACAUCAAAGCAAUAUAUCAUACUCAUCUGACCCAUUAUGAUACGCUGCCCAACAACCAUGCAGACCAGUCUGAGGCAUUAUCACUCAAUCAGCUAUCUAACUCUGAAGCAUUGUCCCAUGAUCAGCUGGUUAAUCCCCAAAUGUUGCCUCAUUAUGAGCUCGAAAAUAGUGAAACGAUGCACCACAAUCAGAUGGUUAAUUCUCAAGCAAACUAUGAAAUGACUGUUUCUAAUGCCAUACCCAGCUACGAGAUAAUAAAUGCCGAGACACCACUGGGCUAUGAGGAUCGUAUUCCAGAAACACAGCCUACUAAGCGGAGGAAAAAGAAGUCUAUAGUCUGGGAACACUUUACAAUAGAAACAGUUAGUCCUGGGUGUAGAAGGGCUUGCUGCAAGCAAUGCGCUCAAACUUUUGCCUAUAGUACAGGUUCUAAAGUUGCUGGCACCAGCCAUCUCAAACGCCACAUAGCCAAGGGGACCUGCUCAGCUCUUCUUCGCAACAAUGACCCUAAUCAAUUGACCCCAUAUACUGCACGAACUAGGGGAAGUGGGGCUGGGAAUGCUAGUGAUACACCUAAAAGACGAUAUAGAUCCCCGAGUACUCCUUACAUCAUUUUUGAUCAAGACCAAUGCCGUCAUGAUAUUGCCAGGAUGAUCAUUAUGCAUGAUUACCCCCUUCACAUGGUUGAGCAUCCGGGAUUUGUGGCAUUUGUACAAAAUCUGCAGCCUCAGUUCAAAAUGGUGACCUUUAACUCUAUCCAAGGAGAUUGUGUUGCGACUUACCUGAUGGAAAAGCAACACAUUGUAAAGUAUAUUGAGGGAUUACCUGGACGUGUUUGUUUGACACUGGACAUCUGGACGUCAAGUCAAUCUUUAGGUUAUGUAUUUAUUACAGGACAUUUUGUUGAUCAUGAUUGGAAGUUGCAGAGGCGAAUCCUCAAUGUUGUAAUGGAACCAUACCCUGAUUCAGAUUCUGCACUCACCCAUGCUGUAGCUGUUUGCCUUUCUGAUUGGGGGUUGGAGGGUAGGCUUUUUUCUGUCACUUGUAAUCAAGCACUGAGUAAUGUUGCCCUUGAAAAUCUCAGACCUUUACUCUCUGUGAAGAAUCCACUUAUUCUCAAUGGUCAGUUGCUAGUUGGUAAUUGCAUUGCCCGUACUUUAAGCAGUGUUGCUAAGGAGUUGUUGGGUUCUGCAGAAGACUUGAUCAAAAAAAUCCGUGAUAGUGUAAAAUAUGUGAAGACUUCAGAAUCACAUGAGGAAAAAUUCUUGGAGCUGAAGCAGCAUCUUCAGGUUCCUUGUGAAAGGAGCCUUUUUAUUGAUGAUGAAAUCCAAUGGAAUACAUCGUAUCAAAUGCUUGUGGCAGCUUCUGAGAUGAAGGAAGUUUUUUCUUGUUUGGACACUUCUGAUCCUGAUUACAAGGGAGCCCCAUCUAUGCAGGAUUGGAAGCGGGUUGAGAUCUUGUGUAGCUACUUGAAGCCACUUUUUGAUGCAGCAAACAUUCUUACUACAACAACUCAUCCCACUGCUAUUACCUUCUUUCAUGAAGUUUGGAAAUUGCAGUUAGAUGCAACUCGUGCAGUUACGAGUGAAGACCCCUUCAUUAGCAGGCUUAAUAAAAUUAUGCAUGAAAAGAUUGAUAAGUAUUGGAGAGAGUGUAGUCUGGUAUUGGCGCUUGCAGUAGUGAUGGACCCUCGUUUCAAGAUGAAGCUUGUGGAGUUCAGUUUCACAAAAAUUUACGGCGAGGAUGCUCAUGUGCAUAUAAAGACUGUGGAUGAUGGAAUUCAUGAGCUGUUUCAUGAGUACGUGGCCCUUCCGCUGCCACUAACGCCGGCCUAUGCUGAAGAUGGAGGUGCUGGAAGCCACAGUAAGAUGGAGGAAUCACCAGUGUUGACAGAUAAUGGUCUUACAGAUUUUGAUGCCUACAUCAAGGAAACUACUAGCCAACAUAUGAGGUCUGAGUUAGAUCAGUAUCUUGAGGAAUCGCUGUUACCACGUGUGCCAGACUUUGAUGUCUUAGGUUGGUGGAAGCUAAACAAACUCAAGUACCCUACACUUUCCAAGAUGGCUAGGGAUAUAUUAUCUGUUCCGGUUUCUACUGUUGCUCCUGACUCUGUGUUUUAUUCAAAAAGCAAAGAGAUGGAUCGGUAUCGGAGUUCCUUGCGGCCAGAAACUGUGGAGGCCCUUGUAUGUGCUAAGGACUGGUUGCAGUAUGGAACACCUGAAGCUUCUAAUGCACUUGUGCAAAUGAUAUUCUAGAUGCUUAUACCCUGUAUUAUAUAUAUAGUUGGUGGGUGCAUUUUUAUUUGAAUUUUCCGUUAGAGUACAUUACGUGAGAAUUUAACCGUUGUUGUCUUGUUUAACAGUAACAUGCACGAACUCAUAUUUCCUCUUCCAUGGGCUUAGUCAUGGUUCAAAUGGUGAAUCUGCUCUCCCCUAAUGCCAACAUUGGGACAUUGAUUUCAAUAUUUAGCAGUAGUUGUUUUGUUAGAUUAGCUGUAAACUUGCUUGAUAACCACUGGACUAAAGAGAUUUUAUUUUUAA